UCCACGCGCAUCCGUCACUGGAAAUGCCGUAGCAGAGAGAGUCCGUGGAAGAAUCUCUCUCCAUUCCGUCGUGUCUGCGAAGAUCGUUGCGAUGCAGGGGAGCAGGAAGACGAAGGGCAAGAGGGAGAUGGCUCCGGCGGAGGAGCAGCAGCCCAGCCCCAAAGGCCAAGCAUGGUUCUGCACCACGGGAUUGCCCAGCGACGUCGUGAUCGAGGUGGGCGACAUGACAUUCCAUCUCCACAAGUUCCCGUUAAUGUCCAAGAGCAAGAAGAUUCACGACCUUAUCACCAACAGGGAAUCAAGCCUGGUCAAGCAGUCAGAUGGAGGACGGGAGCAAGAAGACGAGGAGGACGCAGGGGACGAGAUCAGAGAGGAGGAGGUGGUGCUGGAGGCGGACGAGGAGGCCGACGCGCACCGCAUCCGCCUGCCCGACUUCCCCGGCGGCGCCGAGGCGUUCGAGCUCGCCGCAAAGUUCUGCUACGGCGUCAAGCUCGACCUCACGCCGGCCACCGCGGCCCCGCUGCGCUGCGCCGCCGAGCGCCUGGACAUGUCCGACGACCACUGCGAGGACAACCUCGUCUCGCGCGCCGACCGCUUCAUCUCGCACACCGUGCUGCGGAACCCCAGGGACGCCGUCCGCGCGCUCAAGUCGUGCGAGGGCCUGCUCCCGCUCGCCGACGACCUGGGCCUCGUCGCCCGCUGCGUCGACGCCGUCGCGGCCAAGGCCGCCGCGUCCGCGCCCACCGCGCUCUUCGGCUGGCCCGUCGCCGACGCGGCCGGCGGCGACCGCCCGCGCCGGAAGAACAGUGCCGGCGCCGCGGCCACGUCCACGCUGCUCGACGACCUCGCCGGCUUGUCCUUGGUCACGUUCACUCGCGUCAUUGCCGCCAUGAAGGACAAGGGCGUCGGCCCUGAGGUCAUCGAGGGGGCUCUCAUUACCUACGCCAAGCGCUCCAUCCCCGGGCUGUCACGCUCCGACCGCCAUGCCGGUGGCGGCACCGCAGCUACCGCCGCCGCCGCUCCAAUGGCAGCGAAUGGCGACCAGAAGGCGCUUCUCGAGACCGUCAUUGCCAACCUCCCCGAGGAGACCAUCAAGAGCACUGCCCACACCGGCACGGCAGUGGGCGCCACCACCGCACGGGUCCUUUUCGGCCUCUUGCGCACGGCAAACAUUCUCCAGGCAUCAGAGGCUUCCCGUGACAUGCUGGAGCACCGUAUAGCUUCCAGGCUACCGGACGCGGCCGUCGACGACCUGCUCAUCCCCAGCUACUCGUACCUAGUGGAGACGCUCUACGACGUGGACUGCGUCGAGCGCAUUGUGCGGUACUUCCUCGAGGGCCGAGGUGCUGAAGAGGUCGACGAGGAGGGCACCGAGGCAGAGACGCCGGGCAGAGAGGCGAGCAGACGAGCAAUGCUGGCUGUGGGCAGGCUGAUGGACGCCUACUUGGGGGAGAUCGCGACGGAUGCCAACCUGAAGACGGACAAGUUCUGCGACCUCGCCUGGGCAUUGCCGGACAGCGCUCGCGUCUACGACGAUGGCCUUUACCGUGCCGUCGACAUCUAUAUCAAGGCUCAUCCAGCCCUGAGGGAAGAUGAGAAGGAGAAGGUGAGCGGCGUUGUAGACGGCCGCAAACUGACACUAGAGGCGUGCACCCACGCGGCACAAAACGAACGGCUGCCGCUGCGGACAGUAGUUCAGGUGCUCUUCUUCGAGCAGCUCCAGUUGCGUCGGGCCAUAGCACGGACUAUUGUGGCAAAUGAAGGUGGUGCAGGAGGCCCAGGAGAGGAAGAAGGAGAUAGUGAUGGCGGUCGAACAUGGCGGGUGGCGACGAGGGGAAACCAAAUGCUCAGGCUGGACAUGGACAGCAUGCGGAACCGGGUGCAGGAGCUCGAGCGCGAGUGCACGACCAUGAGGAAGGCUAUCCAGAAGAUAGACCGCCGAGGCGGCGCUGCUGGGGAUAGAGGAGGGGAGCCGGCUGCAGAGGGCAGGUGGGGUUCAAUGGUGACGAAGAGGUUUGGGUGCAAGUUCCCGGCGCAGGUCUGCCAGUCACAGCCGCGGUCUGUGGUGGCGCGGCCACGCCGGGCACGGGUUGAGCAGAGCCCCUGAUACCUCCCUCCUCCCCACUGCACAUGAUAGCUUUCAACUUCCUUGUUUUGUUCUCCUGAUUCUUUACUUCGAUUUGUGAAAAUAUGAGGGGUUUUCCUAGGCAGAAUUGUGAGGUUCACCAUGUUUGAUCAAUCAGAA